UAUUUUGUUAGCACAUUUCCCAUUGUCUGUCUGUUCAUCUCAUCCUUUCUCAUACAGUCGCAGAAGUAGAAGUGUUGUAGUGAGAAAAACUGACCAAGGAUACCAAUGGAGGCCACCGCCAAGCCCACCGAAAUCAGCAGCACGAAGAUGUUCGAUGGAUACAACAAGCGAUUCAACCAUUUCAGCACCGUUCUCGGCUGCUCCAUGAACUUCCACAUCUACUUCCCUCCCGCUCCUUCCCCUUCCCACAAAUUCCCCGUACUUUAUUGGUUGUCUGGACUCACUUGCACAGAUGAGAAUUUUAUAACUAAAUCAGGUGCACAACGUGCUGCUUCCAGGGAGGGUAUUGCACUCAUUGUUCCGGAUACUUCCCCAAGAGGGUUGAAUGUUGAAGGAGAGUCAGACAGCUGGGAUUUUGGUGUAGGUGCUGGAUUUUAUCUCAAUGCAACACAAGAUAAGUGGAAGAACUGGCAGAUGUAUGACUACGUUGUGAAGGAACUGCCGGCACUUAUUCAGGCAAACUUUCCACAGCUUGACAUUUCUCAGGCUUCGUUAUCUGGGCAUUCAAUGGGCGGACACGGAGCACUGACAAUUUACCUCAAAAACUUAGACAAAUACAAGUCGGUAUCUGCCUUUGCACCUAUCCUCAAUCCUAUAAAUUGCCCAUGGGGCCAGAAAGCUUUCUCAAACUACUUGGGUGAGGAUAAAGCCUCGUGGGAGGAAUAUGAUGCCACUGUUCUUGCAUCAAAAUGCAACAAGGUUUCUGGAACUAUCCUAAUCGAUCAGGGAACCGAAGACAAGUUCUUGAAAGAACAGCUCCUACCACACAAAUUUGCGGAUGCUUGUAAGGAUGCCACUGUUCCUUUACUGCUUAGAAUGCAGCCGGGAUACGACCACUCCUACUAUUUUAUCGCAACCUUCAUAGACGAUCAUAUUCUCCAUCAUGCGAAAGCGCUGAACCUCAAAACCUCGCUCUAGGUAAGAUUCGGGUACGUUUCAUAAUCCUAUGAUGUCCUAGAAUUUGUGUCCCCUAUGUUUUGAUACUUUCAUGUACUGAAUUUCUAGUUGCAUCGGGUUUGGUUGGUGUUGGUAUAUGCUGAGUCGAAAUCUGCUUUUCGAUGGUCACUUUUAUUGUGAGAAUAAUUGAGGUCCUUAUGUUGUUUGAAUAAGUUUCAA